CAAAGUUUACGCCCUUUUUCGCGAUCCACCCUAUAGCUCUGCAACUUCCACCUAUUCAUCAUUUCAGGGUGGCCAUUGUGGCGAAGACACCUGUUCGUUUUUGGUCAGGUACGGCUUGCAGAAUGACCCUCUACUUACCUGCCGUCAUCUUCUUUUUUUUAACGGUAUUUGUCCAGUCUGCGGAACCUUGCCUUCCUCAGUCCAUCCAGGCAUCAGUUCCCCGAGAUGUAAUGGUCGGAUAUGUAAUUUCAAGAGUUAACUUGGCCCAGUGUAGUGCCACAAGGCUGAUGCUAACCUCAGACGACCCGCAAUUCUCGAUCCAGAGAGAUGGUACCAUCGUCGCCCACCAGUUACUUAGAGUUCCAGUGGAAGGCAGGACGUUCUCCGUAUGGUUCAAGGAUCAAAAUGGUCUCCGGCGGAAAAUGGACAUAUGCCUGUCUCAGAGAGCUCAUCAGAUUGGAUUGAAGGAGCAGGGAAGUGGACCACACAGGCGUUUUAAGAGACGCUGGAGCCCCAUGCCCUUCCUCAUACCGGAAAACGAUAUCCCAUCUUUCCCAAAGCAAUUAGACUUGAUUGGAUCAGAUACCUCAGAGAAUUACACAUUGUAUUAUAUAAUCUCUGGGCCAGGUGUGACAGCGGAACCAAAAGGUGUGUUUUCUGUGGAUAGGAACUCUGGAAUGCUGAGUGUACACAAGCCUGUCGACAGGGAAAAAAAUCCUGUAUUCAAAAUCAAGGCCAGGGCCAUAAAUGUCUUGACCAAUAAGGACACUGAUGAGCCGCUCAUCAUCACUGUUAAUGUGCUAGAUAAAAACGACAACGCGCCUCAGUUCUCUGGGCUGCUGAAAUUUUCCGUACCGGAGAAAAGCCCUCCAGGAACAACAGUUGGGACAGUCAGUGCCACAGAUAUCGAUGAGCCAAACACGCUACACACUAAGAUCAGGUACACUCUUCUCUCUGGAAACAACCUGUUCGUCAUUAACCCUGACACUGGACUGAUCACCACAAAGACAGCCACCCUGGACAGAGAGGUGAAGGACAUACAUUUUGUUACAGUGGAGAUCAAAGACAUGAAUGGUGCUGCCGAUGGCCACUUCAAUACUGGGACGGCAACCAUUUCCCUCAAAGACAUCAAUGACAAUGCCCCCACAUUCAGCCAGAAAAUUUACAAUGCAAAAGUACAGGAAAAUGAAGACAGCGGUUUGAUUCUCCGAAUCCCAGUGACUGACAAAGAUUUACCGAAAACGCCCAACUGGAAUGCUGUGUUCAAGAUCAUACAAGGCAAUGAAAAUGGAAAUUUUAGGAUUGAAACUGACCCCGCAACUAAUGAAGGUCUUUUAUAUAUUGCCAAGCCAUUAGAUUAUGAGAAGAACAAAAACCCGAAGCUGGAGGUAGUGGCUGAGAAUGAGACUCCACUUGUCGGUACCACGGAAACCUGGAGCUCCGCCCUGGUGGACGUGUCCGUAGUGGAUGUAGAUGAGGGUCCAGAGUUCAUUCCACCAGAGCUGGUGAAAUGGGUGAAAGAGAACACGCCCAAUGGCACUAUCAUUGGCACCUACACGGCAACCGACCCUGAGACCAGUAGCAGCGCAGGCAUGAGGUACUUAAAGUUGACAGAUCCAGCCUCAUGGCUCAAAGUUGAUGAAAAGACAGGAGAUCUGACAAUUAUUAAUACAGUGGACAGGGAGUCAAAAUUUGUGCAGAAUGGCAUGUACAACGUGACUGUCAAAGCUACGGAUGCGAGCUCUAAAUCGGGUACUGGGACUGUCAUCAUCAAGGUGGAGGAUGAAAAUGACAAUGUUCCCCUGCCCCUGGCCAGGGAGCUGGAACUGUGCCAGAAGAAAGGGGAGCUGGGCUCUGUAAUGGUUGUGGCUGAUGACAAGGACCAGAUACCCUUUUCUGCGCCCUUCACCUUUCACCUUGCAGAUGGGCAUGAUGAGAAAUGGACAGUAGUAAAAGUUAAUGACACUGCGGCGUUGCUACAGCAGGCGAAGGAACUCCCCACCGGCAACUACGACGUUCCCCUGGAGAUCAAAGACCAGCAAAGCCUGGGGGACCAGCAGACUGUCACCGUCAGGGUGUGUCAGUGCCGCAGCGGGAGGUGCCCGGCCCCCCUGAAGUCCAUCUCGCUGGGCGUGUGGGGCAUCCUCGCCCUCCUCCUCGGCCUGGCCCUGCUGCUGCUGCUGGCUCUGUGUUGCGCGAUGAAGUGUGUGAAGUCAUCAGGGAAGUUCCACGUGGUGGACGGAGCCGACAGUGGCGGCAUGCUACUGAAAUCCAACACUGAGGCCCCUGGCGAUGCAGUGACAUCUGAUAUCAUGGUAGUGCCUGCAUCCGCCAUGGACCAAUCAAUGAAGGGGUCGCAGGGCAGUCAUAUUGGAAUUGCGAAUACCUCUGGUUUUGGCACCGCCACUGGUUUUGGCACUGGUACUGGCGCUGGGUAUGGCGUUGGCACUGGCACUGACGUGCUGUACGGCCCUCAAUACAACUAUAUCUACCAGGAAGGCGUGAUGGCCGACAAACGGGACACCUUGAGUAGAGGUGUCUACGGAGCUGGUGGCUCAUCAUCUCAUCUCGUCGAUGGCCAAGCCAUGAAGUUCAUGGAUCCAUCCGCUCUGACUACGUGGAACACCAACGCCAUGUUUCUAGCUCAGAAGCUGGAGUACUUCCGGACAGCGGAGGACGGACGCUACUCAGACGACCUGCUCCACUCGUACGGGUUCGAGGGGCAGGGCUCCCCUGCUGGCUCGGUGGGGUGCUGCAGUGAGCAGGGACACGAGGAAGGUCUGGAGUUCCUCAACACCCUGGGACCCAAAUUCAAAAACCUGGCAGAGGUCUGUAGCAAGAAAUGAAAGGCCUUGUUCACCGGCCUGUGAUGGAGAUCACUAGAGUGUGCUUUCAAAGGGGUAACUCCACCCAACUACGGUUUAGUACUGUAUGUUCAGCCUUUCCCCAAGGUUACUUGUUGUGACUUGUAUUUCAUGUUUUAAAGCCAAAAAUGUUUCACUGCUGUCUACAAAGUGAAGUGAUGAUGCCAUUAGCAUUUAACACAUCUGCCACUUAUCCUUGAAGUUAAUGGAGGUGAGGUCACGAAUACUGUAUGUUAGUGAUAAAUCUUUUGUUUUGUCACAAUCACAAAAUUUUUUGUUUCACCUGAGCUACAGCCUGCACUUAGUCAUCUGAAUACUUUCCACAAUGGUAUAAAAGAAAGGAGUUAUUCCCCAACAUCAUUGUUUGGGGAGGGGUUCUGCUCAUGACCUUUAUUUUGGGCUAAAGUAUUACUGUAAGUAUUACUAAUGUCACAGAUUACAAAUGAGGCCGGUUGUUUUUUUUCUUGAGGUAAGAACCAACAUAUUAUUUUUGGCUGAAGUUAACCUUAAAAGCCAAGUGGUAUUGGGUAGUGGCCUUGGCUUUAAAUUAAUUGUUCUCUUGGCAUUUUUACUGUGGUGCAGAUGGGGAAUGGUGGUGCACUACAAAGUAACAUUCAUGGCAGUUUUUGUUUUUUUUAUAUAUAUUUUUUUUAAAUGUACAUUUGUAAAAGAAAAUGUGCUGUGUGUAUUUCUGUGUGUUGUUUUAAAUGUUUUAAGGUGUAAGCAUACUAGUGGCUGUUUCUAACCUUUGCAAAGUGUGGAAAUCAGAGAAACCGAUCACAAAGUGUGAGAUAAUUAGCGAAGAACAGUGAACAAAGCAAGACUUUCCCAUGUCCCCCUGGGAAAUGAAGAACAUUAAUUUAUAUUAUGUGUAAUAUAAAUUAAUAUGUUAAUUAAUAUGUGGCAAAGAAGGAAUUCUUUCCAUGUUUUCAGUUCUUUUUUCAUUCUGAUCACGUGGCACCACAAGAAAACAAUUAUAAUUUUUUUAUGUAGGUUGCAAACAGGGUAUUAAGACAGUUACUUUUCUGUCAUAUCCUGCUUAUAUAUUUUUGUAGUACAAUGUGCAGAAAAAAGAACUAAAUAAAAAUAUAUACAGGGCCCUGUUUUAAAGGGAAUAAGAAUGUAAGAACCAGCCUAUUCGCAAAAGCUCUCAGGCUUUACAUUGAAUGUAAUGAUCAUUACGUUAUGUGCACUAAAACUGCCUGUUUUGUUAUACAUUUUAAUGGGUUUCUGAGAUUGUUGUGAAUACAGUGACAGCAUUUUGAAAUAGUUGGGGGUGCAGGAAUAGCAGGUUACUAAUUCAGUACUGACAUUAUAAAACACAAAAAGAUACCAGACACAAGGACUUUAACCUAUUCUUCUUUUCAACAUAUUAGCUAUUUAUAUUGUCAGGUCAAAAAUUGAUGUAUUAAAAUGAACUUGUUUUUCGGAUUUUACUUCUGACUGUAUAAAAUUGGGUCGUAUCAUGAAUGCUUGCUGAGAGAGAGAGAAGGGAACGUGUGUGAGAGUAAGAGCAACAAAGAAAGAGAGUAAUGGAAAAUCAAAAGAAGAUGACAGGAGAGGGAAUGUGAGAGAAAGUGAAUCAGGAUAAUAAAUGAUCCAAGAGAACAAAAGACAGAACAAAGGGCAAUAUCAUGCUCAACUCUUGUCAUCAUUCUAAGGUGUGCCAGGGUAACUGCUUGUCUUGUGAACAAGACUACACCCCAACUCAGCAGCGAGGUAUAUGAUUAACAGGGUGUGGUGGACUGUAAGCAAAAGGUUGCACAAUAUGCUGAGCUCAUGAAUUGGGGGGAAAAAAAGAAAAAGGAAAAAGCCAGAUAAUAGAAUACCUUUGACAAAGCUAUCAACUGUGCCACCUGCUGGCAUGGAAGCUAAAUGGCCCAUUCUCAAAGUCCACCUGACAAACUACUACUCCUGCUGGCUAAAUGACCCAUUCCUGAAGUCCACCUCACAAACUACUACUCCUGCAUGAGCCUUGUUCACUUCAAUAAAUACAUUUAUUUUACACUUUUAUUUCCCCCUCAUAACAGCUUAAUUAUGACACAAUGGAGAAUUCAAUGGGCAAUAAAUCAGUUUAAAAUGGCCGUUUCACAGGUUAUUACCUCUGUAAGUUCAGUACAAGGCUUGUAUAAAUUCGGAUUCAAAUCUUAUUGUCUCCUGUCAGUUCAUUUAAAGGUGUGGUGCGCGUACACACACACACACACAAACAAAACAUUCUGCAGCAGAUUAGUAAAUUAAUGCACUUCCUCUUGCAGUGCCCUGUUGCACAUUGGAACGUAAAAUAAGGUAACCAUUGAACUGUGUCUGAAAAGCAGACUGCAGCAGUGAAACUUGAGCACCUGUAAAUGGCUUUGUUAUGAUUAAACAGUCCCUUUCCUGCU